AAGGCUUUAAACAGGAAAUAUCUUAUUAUUCUUGCUUUGUGCGGUAUAAUUUAUAUUUAUUUGCUGUUUUUUUAUUCGUUUGAAAAGAGCAGUUAUUCCACUUAUUUCCUAUAAAUAUGAAAUCCUUUUUAUUACCAAAAAAUACCUUGCAGUGUCUUCAAGUAAUCGUAGAGAGGCCACAUUUGGAAUACGUUAAUGAAAAGUACUUGGAAAAUGUUAGCAUCUACUGUUCUCGCUUUGGGAGAAAUAGUCCGUACUAUGUGAAUAUAAUUGGCAGAAACACAUACACGUGGACCAAUAAUGUAACGGUCAACUUAAUCUUCUACGAGUACCUCCACAACGAGUACCGGCGCUCAUUCGUGGAGUUCCACUUCAAGCUGUGCGACAUGGUCAAUUCGGACCCAUACGUGGGCGCUAUGAUAGCAAACGCUGGCAUCACCUGCCCAGUGCCACCGGUAAUGCACUAUCUGGUGAACAUGUCGAUUCCAUCCACCGCCGACUUCAAGUUCAAGUGGCCUUUCAAGAAGUGCAUGGUGCGGUUGGAGAUGGCGGUCACCUCCACCAGCGAGCCUAUAGGGCAGGCAGACUUCUACGUCACUUUCGCUGAUAAGAAAUAUCAUUUGUAA